CCCACCCCGCCUUUUAUUUUUUAUUUAUAUUUUAUAAAUAAGCUUACUCCUCACUGAAAUUCCCCAUAAUCCAAAACUCUUGCCAUUCUCUCAAAACCCCAAAAAUAAAAUCAUAAUUAAAAAAAAAAUUAAUGGGAAACUACACCAGAAAUCCAAAUAUUUUCACACCCAAUUGUAAUUAUAAUUCAUAUGUUGAUAAUAAUGAUCUAAAUUGGGAAGCCCAACUAACAAAUCCUCUAACUAUGCCACCUUUACAUCCAUCUUUGUUACAAAACUCAAACUUAGAUCUUCAUAGUUUGAUAAUGGGUAUGGGUUUGUACACUAUUAAUGAUCAAACACUAAGUGAAAAUCAAUCAAUUAAGGAUCAUCCUGGUUUAUCAGAAUCAGCAUCAAUUUUAUCAUCAAGAAGUGAAAAUGGAAAUGAAAUUACUAACAAAAGAAAAGCUCAAGAUUUGGGUGAAGAAAGUAGCACUUCUUUGCAUUCAGCUCCUCUUCAUCCAAAUCAUCUUAGCCCUCCAACUCCAAAGAAAAAUAGUACAAACAGAGGAAAAAGAAGCAAGAAAAGUAUUGGGGAGUCGAAAACAGAUGGAAAUACAAAGGAAGUUGUUCAUGUUAGAGCUCAGCGUGGUCAAGCUACUGAUAGUCAUAGUAUAGCUGAAAGAGUAAGAAGAGGGAAGAUUAAUGAAAGACUCAGAUGCUUACAGGACAUAGUUCCAGGUUGCUAUAAGACAAUGGGAAUGGCUGUAAUGUUAGAUGAAAUAAUUAAUUAUGUUCAGUCAUUGCAAAACCAAGUUGAGUUUCUAUCAAUGAAGCUCACCGCUGCAAGUCAAUAUUAUGAUUUUAAUUCUGAAAAUGAGCAUGUUGAAAAAAAGCAGAAGAUAAAGGCAUCAAGCAACAGUGAUGAAGCACAGGGGAUGAUUAAUAAUAAUAACAAAGGAGGAUAUGAUGAAGCAACAAUUUACAAUCUCUAUCAAUCAGGAUGGUCCUUUUGACUUGGACCUUUGGCUUCUUGCUUUCUAUUCCUUUGCAUUUGAUUACAUUUCAUUAUCUCCAUCUUAUUGUCAAUUUUUGUAAACUCCCAAAAAGAAAAACAUUAUUAAUUAUUCAUUAAACUUUUAGGAAAAGGAUAGAAUACAUGAUAAUUCUCAAAUACUACUACUAUUUAGCGUAAAUCAUUGAUAAAACCCUAUCUAAAAUUCGUUGGGUUUGGCACAAUUUCAUUGGCUAAUUGCAAAAAGGAUAGAAGAAGUUUAUUGUUUUUGUAUAAUUGGUAUUUUUUGUAAUUUUGUGUAUUAGUUAUUGGAUCUUAGUGGAUCAUUAUUAUUAUUAUUAUUGUUAUUAUUAUUAUUAUUAUUGAGUUGCUGCCAAU